GGAUGUUUGAUAUCCGCAUUCCGGCUGUCUCAACACCUAGCGUGUAUUGGCCUGAACUCAAUAGUGUAGUUCUGUCCCAAGCUAUGGCGGAAUCGGCUUUCAGGCAAACCAAUGAACCGGACGAUGAAGAAGAAGACUACAUGGGCGACCUCUCUAAGUUGCUUCCUCCAGAAGAUACUACCUCUUCCAAAUCCAUAUUCAGAAAGGUUGCUGCUAAUAAAACCCCUGUUGUUCAAUCAUCGAAUAAGAAACCGAAAACCUUCAAUUGGCAAGAACAGCGCAGACGGGAUAGAGAACGGAAACAACACGAAGAGGAUGAACAGACAUUGGCUAGAAUAGAGGCUCCGAUUCCACAAUCCAACAUUGGGUUUAAAUUGUUGAAGCAGAUGGGGUACACUCCUGGGGCAGCUUUAGGCAAGGAGGGUUCCGGACUUGCAGAGCCUGUGGGACUUGAGAUUCGACGGUCGCGAGCUGGAAUUGGCAGGCUAGAUCCGAUUAAAGAGAAGGUGAAGCAAGAAGAGAUUAGAGCUGAGAAAAAGAGGAGCCAUCAGGAGGCCUUGAUGGAGGAAUUUGGGUCUCGACAGAAGUUGCAAUGGAGAAGUCGAAGAAUUGUGGUCAAUUACAACAAGGCCAAAGCAGCACUUGAUCAAUUGGAGAAUAAGGAAGUUGUGGAGCCAGAGAAGGACAAUGAGGAGGAAGGAGAACAAGAAGAAGAGGAGGAAGAGAUUAUAACCGAAGAGGAUUUGGAGGAAAUUUUGAUGAAACUGAGAGAUGAACAUCGAUAUUGCCUUUUCUGUGGAUACCAGUAUGACUCAAUGGAUUCCCUCCUAUCUAACUGCCCUGGAAUUAGUGAAGAUGAUCACUGAACUAACUUCCUUUCCCUCCAAACGGUUUGCUGGAGAUGGGAUUUUUGGAAGUCGGCCGAAUGGAAGAACCACCGUAAAAUAAACAAGGACAUAAUGCAACCAUGAAGUGCUUAAAACGGUGUUUUUAGGUACUUUUUUAGGUCAUCCCUGCCACGUCCUUUGUUGUUAACGAGUUCCCCCUUCCUGUCGAGGGUUGCAUCAUGUGCUUUAGUAUGCCUUUUUUGUCAAUGUUCUCAACACAAACGGCAUAAUCUCUCAGAAAGCAAUCCGACCUGAAGUUGCUGUUUGGAAGUCGGAAUAGCAAUGCUCCACUUCUAGAAUUACCUGUCCUAGUCAAUGGAUAGCUGGACAUUGAGAAAGUUUGUUCAGAUUGAGGCAUAGAAGUAGGAGUUCAGGACACCAAUUCUGCUUUAUACAAUCAAUACUUGGGCCAAGCUCCUUCCUGUUUGUGUCCUUUUUAGUGCAAAAUAUGACAGAAUUUGAACUGUAACGUUGAAUUUGAGUUUCCUGACAGCUUCUCGCACAAAUUUGGCGGGUAAGUUUUCUGUGAAGUGACUUCUGAAUAUUCUUUAAAAGGGUAUCUUAAUUUAUUCAAACUUAGUGAAUUAAUCUUUUUGUGGUA